CCCUUUGCAGGAUACGGAUGCGGAGACGGAGGGUUCCGAGGGGUCGGAGCAUGGAGCCGAUCCCCACCCAGACUGGGUGAAGCUGACGAUGGGAGACGCCUACUUUGACCUGGCGCCCUGGGGUCCGAGUGAGCCGGAGGCGUGCGGCCCGUCGCUCUGGCUCACCCUGGUCAAGGAGUCCCACGCGAGGAGGCCGGGAGGAGCUCGAUCGAUGCUCUGCGCCGAUUCCCAGGGAUCCCUAUGGUGUUCCCAGUGGGAUCCCACUGUCACCCCCCUGGAGGAGCCACACGUGCAGGAGCUCUCCAAGUGGACCCGCAAACAGGUUCACACAGACAGAGUGACAGCGGUGACAGAGACCGAGGAGCUGAUUGUAACUGCGUCGUACGACCGGACCGUGCGCCUGUGGGACUGCGUGUCGUUGAAGCAGGUCGGCCUGUUCAGCUGCCGCGCCCCGGUCCUCUGCCUGGAGGCUAACCCAGCCGACCCGGACCUGGGGGCGUGCGGGGACGCUGGGGGCAACGUCUACUUCCUGCGUUGGAGCAGCCGCCCUUCCCCCAGCCAGGGAGAGACCAACCUGCUGGCUCAGCACUGAUCGCAGUUUCAAUCCCCUCGCGUGUCCCUUUCUCCUCCUCCCCCGCCCCCCCCUUCCUUCAGUAAACAAAUGAAGCUCGGCUCUCGAAUUUCGAUAGCGCCUGGCGUUUUACCCUCCACCCUCUUGGGAAGGAGCGCUCACCUGUAGAAUGAGAAUCUGCAAAUAAAGACCACGUUACCAACCCCAAACCGCUUGUCUCUUUACCAUUCAGGAUGCAGUGUACGUCAGAGAGCAACUCUUUAUUUCCUACAGGUUACAGUUCGUUUCUCUCUAAUAAUGAGACCCCCCCCCCACCCCCACACACAACA